AUGGCAACUAACGAGGAUGAUGAUGCGUCGUAUGUUGACUACGACGCCUUUCUCGACCCGGAUUUUAGCCCCUCUUCUUUUGCUAACAGCCUUGUCCUUGCUACAAAUAACCCCAACGAUACUCCCCUAGACCUCUCAACACCAUUGUCUAAAGUGCUUUUCGAUGCCCAAGAGGUCGACUCUCAUAUUGACCUUCUUACUACCCGAUCCGCGAUCCCUCUUUUAACGCAUACCAAAGAGCAGACAGAAGCGAGUGGAAAGAUCAUAUCCGAAAUCGAUAAUCAGGUUAAGAGCUUAAACGAGAGCUAUAAGCAACUAGAAAAGGAGGUUAUACAAAAGCAUGCCGAAGCCGACGAAGUGCGUCAAGUUGCUGCCCGAUUAUGGGAAACUUUGAAGUUGGGAAGGUCUGUUGGUCGUUGUCUUCAGUUAGGUCGGCAGCUUGAAAUCCAACAUGCCGAAAUAUCUAGUACCACGUCUGCUACUACAGCAACUAGUAGUAGCAAAAAGGAAGAUCAUAGAGCACUAGUACGUUGCGCACAUACUAUCUUAUCCUUGCGGGAAAUACUCGACAAGAAAGCACCAGGGGAGGAAGGCUAUGGGCUUGAUAAAGUCAAUGCAAUCAAGAGUUUACGGGACGAUGUCGUAGGCCCAAUCGAAAGAUCUGUUAAAAGCAUCUCUGAACAGAUUAUUAGAGAAUUCAGCAUUGGAUCCGCUUCAGGGACGGCCACUUUUGCACAGAGCGAAGAGAUCAAAGCUCGAACGAUAUCAGCCGUUAUUUCUCUGUACCUCAUAUCGCCCAUCACCGGCACGAAGCCUGAUAAAUGGACUCCUCAGCUGCUCCUACAAAUCCUCGAGGUAUAUUUACGCAACGCAUUACAAAGCUCCGUUGCAUCGCUAGCCAGGUCACUUGCGACACUACCGUCUCUUGACCGGACUUUGGCGGAAAUCUCUGCGCGAUGUCAAAACAUAAUCGCUUUAGAGAUCAUCCUAGCUUCAACAAGUGCGCCUGCACAUCCACUCUUACCGACGCAUAAGCAUGCAUUAGAUAAAUACAAUCUUCUACAGCCUCUCUUAGCAUAUCUAGAGACUGGUUCGCUUGCAUCUUACUUUUGGCGGACUAUGGCGAGUAGCUUGGCAACGCGGGUUCAAGAGAUUGUAAACCGCGGAGGCGUUUCAGCUCGUACAUUGAAGUCGAACCGUAACAGCGUAGGAGAGGCUAUCAGAGAAUGUGUUAUCCGAGGCAGUCAGCCUCCUAGCACCGUUGUGGCUGCCAAGGGGAAGACCCCUAAAGGAGACACUGAAAAGAGUGGCGGGUGGGAUCGCGAAGUAGCGGUGAUGGUUAGUAGUGUCGUCGGAAAUCUUGGUAGAUGA